UGACGGGUGGGUCCAUGGGGCGAGGUCCACCGCCCGAUGAACGGUCGCCGGAGAAAGUCGUGGCCGAUGCCGAACGCUAUUACGGAAUCAGCUUAGCCCCAACCGCGCUGAAUCUUGGCCUCGAAGCUCAGAUCGCCCCUUCCUCAGAUUCGACUUUCAUAAAAAGCUGCCUUUGUUCCUUCUUUCAACGCCGACCGACUUUCUUCUCCAUCUUACUAACACCACACGCUGCACCUCCAUUAACCCAGCGCACUGUAACCCCGUCCCCGAGACGAGCUGAUUCGACCAUCCACGCAGCCGAAAUGGCGUCAAACGCCUUCCAAUUCGCAGGCGAUUCCGACUCGGAAGACGACAACUUCAACCCCGCGCCUGCCGAUGCCUCGGAUGAUGAAGAUGGCGCCGGAACUGCCCAGCGCGCCACGGGAAACAGCGACCGCCGCGCAAGAAGCCCCGUUGCCGACGAAGACGAGAACGACGAGGAGGAAGAGGAGCGCCCUUCGAAGAGCGCGUCGAAACGGCCUCGCGAUGUAGACGAUGAAGACGAAAUUGAUGAAGACGAAGACGAGGAAGGGGACGUGGGCAAAAAUGGAUAUGAUGAGGACGAAGAAGAGGAGGAAGAGGAGGAGGAGGAUGACGAUGACGAUGUCCAGCAUCGCCACCGCCGCAAGCGACGCAAGGAUCAUCGCGCCGCCUUCUUCGAUAUCGAAGCCGAAGUCGAGGACGAAGACGAAGCGGAAGACGAGGAGAAAGAGGGUGAAGAAAUUGAAGACUUCAUCGACAAUGCGCACCCCGACGAUAUUGCCGAGAGCGGCCACCUCGACGAUGAUCGGAGGCAUCGCGAGCUGGACCGUCGCCGCGAGAUCGAGGCCAGCAUGGAUGCCGAGAAACAAGCCGAGAUCCUGAGGGCGCGUUACGGCAAGCGAGCUCCUGCUCGGGGCUACGGGGAGAUGACAGUCGUCCCCAAGCGACUGCUGCUCCCCAGUGUCGAUGAUCCAAGCAUCUGGGCCGUCAGGUGUAAGGAAGGAAAGGAGCGAGAUGAGCGAGCAGGUGGCAAGGAUCCCAUCUCGAUCACCGCGGCUUUUGAACGCGGUGGGACAAACUCUGUCAUGAAGGGUUAUGUCUACGUCGAAGCCCGCCGCCAGAACGAUAUCAUGAUUGCGCUAGAUGGCGUUCUUGAUGUUUACCCACGGAGCAAGAUGGUCCUCGUCGAGUUGAAGGACAUGCCGGACCUUCUCCGUGUUACCAAGACACCCAACCUGGAGCCCGGCGCAUGGGUGCGGUUGAAGAAGCCAGCGAAACACGCUGGCGACUUGGCCCAGGUUCUGGACGUGACCGAGAACGGCUUGGAAGCCCGCGUGCGCUAUAUUCCGCGCCUGGACUACGGCGUCCGGGACGAAUCUCUCACUGGAGACGGCAAGCGCAAGCGUCCCGGCAUGCCCGGCCCACGACCUCCCCAACGCCUCUUCAGCGAAGUCGAGGCAAGGAAGCGGCAGCCACGCCAAAUUCAGGGCAACCCUCAGACCAACACUUGGACCUACAACGGCGAAGAUUUCGAGAACGGGUUCCUCGUCAAAGACAUCAAGAUCCAACAGUUGGAUGUCAAGGACGUCAACCCAACCCUCGAAGAGGUCACCAAGUUCGCCAGCGGUUCCGAGGACGGCACCGAGAACCUCGAUCUCAAGGCUCUCGCCGCUAGCCUCAAGGACAGCAACACAAACGUUGCUUAUGUUCCUGGGGAUGUUAUCGAGGUGUAUGAGGGCGAACAACGAGGCGUCAUUGGCAAGGCGGUCAAUGUCCAAGGCGACAUUGUUACGCUGAGGGUGACCGAAGGCGAUCUGGCCGGGCAGACAAUCGAGGUUCCCAACAAGGGCCUACGCAAGCGGUUCAGGGCCGGUGAUCACGUCAAAGUCAUUGGCGGCAGCCGUUUCCGCGACGAGGUCGGCAUGAUCGUCAAGAUCGUCGACGAUCGUAUCACCCUCUUGACUGACCAAACGAACACGGAAAUCACCGUCUUCAGCAAAGAUCUGCGUGAGGCAAGCGAUAUUGGUGGCCAGGGAUCCAUCGGCCAGUACUCGCUGCUUGAUCUGGUUCAGCUCGACCCCACUACCGUUGCUUGCAUUGUCAAGGUGGACCGGGAGUCGAUGGUGGUGCUGGACCAGAACGGUGACACCAGGCAGGUGAUGCCUUCUCAGAUUGCGAACAAGUUGCCCAAGCGGAGGACUGCCGUGGCUGCCGAUCGGAACGGCUCCGAGAUUCGGCUCGACGACGUGGUCCGUGAAUAUGGUGGACAGCAACGGCAAGGAAAAAUCAUCCACAUCCAUCGAUCCUUCAUCUUCCUCCACAGCAACGACACCACCGAGAACGCCGGCGUAUUUGUGACUCGGGCUGGCAAUGUCAAUACAAUCGCGGCCAAGGGCGGCCGCCCCACCAACCCGAAUUCCGGCCCCGACCUGAGCACCAUGAACCCAGCUCUCAAGCGGAACCCGGCGCAAAACCAAGGCAUGCAGCCCCCCAAGACGUUCGGCCGUGACCGUGCCCUCGGCCAGACGGUGAGCAUCCGGAGGGGCGGUUACAAGGCACUGAUGGGCAUCGUCAAGGAUACUUCCGACACCCAUGCGCGCGUUGAGCUUCACGGCAAGAACAAGAUUGUCAGUAUUGCCAAGACCGACCUUAUUUUCAAGGACAGGGUUACCGGCAAGACAAUCGAUAUUUACAGUCGUUCCGGCCGCGGCGGCUUUGGUGGUGCCGGUCGUGGUGGAUUUGGAUCCGGAGAUCGGCCCGGAGGCAGCAGAACACCCAUGGGUGCGGGAGGGGGAGAGCGGACUCCGGCAUGGGGCGCUUCGAAGUCGGCCGCCCGCACACCAGCUUGGGGCCGCGGUGAAGCGUCCGGCUCACGGACACCUGCCUGGGGAGACGGCUCUCGCACCGUCAACCCGUACGAAGGCAAUCGGACGGCCUAUGGGGAUGGCAACCGCACCGCAUACGGAGGUGCCACCUCAUACGGCGGCGGCUCUCGCACCCCAGCUUGGUCCUCAGGCGCCAAGACACCCGCGCAUGAUGGUUUCGGCCACGGCUCCAAGACUCCCGCCUACGGUGCCGGCAGCAGCGACCCUUGGGGCUCCAAAACACCGGCCUACGGCGUUUCAGCACCUACCCCAGGCGCCAGCGGGGCCGACAGCUGGGGCUACACGCCCGGCCCGAGCGGCGGACCAUACGACGCCCCCACCCCGGGUGCCGGUCUGGGUGCGCCUACCCCUGCGGCCCUCAAUGCCCCGACGCCCGGUGCGUAUUCGGCACCUACUCCGGCCGCGGUCAGCGCUCCUACCCCUGGUGCCUGGCAGGGUGGCUGGGGUGCUGAUACCGCCCCUACCCCGGCGGUCGGCGCCCCGACGCCUGCCGCCAGCGGUGGCUACUACAGUGCGCCGACGCCGGCCGCGUACGGCGGGGCGCCGGAAACGCCUGCUGCCUCGGGGGAGAUUCGCUAUGCAGAUGAUGACUGAGGGAUGCAAGGAAAAUGGAAAGCGGAGACUGGUCUCGUGACUGACGGUAAUGGAGGGAGGGAGGAUGGCGUUCGGCAGAAAGGAGGGCUUAUCACAGCGUAUCUGAUGAAUCAGUUUGCUUGCGGGCGGAAUCAGUUUGGGACAGUUAUAGACGUUCUUCCUUACUUGCUUUAUCAUGGUAUCAUGCUUGCCCACUCGACUUCGUGGUACUGCUCAUCGUUAGUUCUCGACUUCACAGUGCGUCUUCGUAUGCGGCACUUCAUACCAAACAACUCACACAUAGUUUUGGUUAGUUUAUAAUUGAUUAUGAGAGAGAAUGAAGCAGAU